AUGGUUGACAAAAAACUACCCAUUAAGUAUCGAAAAUGGCUAGGAAGUACUAUACAUUUUUUCGUUUUAUAUUUCGAUAAUUGUUGUAUACAUGGUUUCCGCUACUUAACGACAACAAUGCUAAUUCUUUUUGAAAAAAUCCUGUGGCUAGCCCUGCUGAUUGCCUCAAUAUAUUUCUGUGUUAUUGUCUGCUUAUCAUCUUUUGAUCGUUACUAUACGAAAAGCACACAUAUUGGAGUGGAACGAAACUAUUUCUUUUGGAAUACCACAUUGCCUAGUGUUACAGUAUGCACAGUGGAUCGUCUAAAUGAUACCCUUUUUGGUGAAUAUUGUCGGAACAAUGGCAUCAAGGGGCCACAGAAAGUUCUUUUAUGGGAUUUCUUAGAAAAUUUGGCGAAUGCUACGUACACUAAUUUCCAAAACAUUCCCGAAAGCGAUGAAAUUGAUCAAGUACUUAAGGACAUUGGCCUAAAGCCGGAAAAGUACAUGGAAUUGAUUUUCAAUUUAACCUAUGACAGAACCUACGAGCCUAACUACAACGAACGCAUUCGAAGUCAGGACGGUACAAAUCAUAUUCAUGUCCGUCAGGUUCUCACUGAGUGGGGUUUAUGUUAUAUGACGAAUUCGAGGCUAUCCGAGAAAUACAGUGCCCAGUAUGCCAUCUUUGGAAAGUAUCCCGAACUUAACGUAUUUCAACGUGAAGAAAUUCAAUAUCAGCAUGGUACCUAUUUUUCAAAGGACGCGCAAUAUACCAUAUUGGGAUUUAAAGGCCCGGCCAUAAUUAGCUUUUUACAUUCUGCAUUCGACAUCAUGAAGGUGGACGCCAAUUCCGAAUACGCAUAUGAUGGAGUCUCAUACGAUCUAAGUUUAGAAGAGAUUAUUGCUGAGGACAAUCUAGAAAAAGAUACCACUGUUACAAUGAGAAAAUGCCGGUUCCAGCACGAAUCGAAUCUAACCCAUUUUCCUUUCUACACUAGAACUAUUUGUCAGCAAGAGUGCCGUCUUAAUCUGGCCUAUGAAAUAUGCAAAUGUAUUCCUCAUUUCUACCCAAAUCGCAUUAAAAAUCCCAAGCCGGUGUGCGAUUAUAAAAUUUUAAGAUCCUGUUUUACUAAACAUACAAAUUAUUUGCUUAAAAUGUACGAACAAAAGGGGAAACACAAGAGGUCGCUUUGCUAUUGUGACCAGAACUGCAUAGAUUCUGUGGUAACAUUGAGGGCCCUAAACUCAAUGGCCGGAGCAAAAAACUUACUAGGAGGACUUGGAACCGCUGUUUCAGUCAAAAAAUGGCCGCAGAAUCGACUAAAGCGACAGGUUAUAUUCUCUAUGACCGAUCUGUUGGUUUCAAUUGGCGGAACAGCUGGACUUUUCCUUGGUUUCAGUGUCUUGGGCUUUGUUGAAGUUUUGUAUUUCUUUACAAUACGAUUAGUUUGGCAAAUUUUGGGAUAUACCCUAUAAAG